AUGGUAUCUGCAGAAUUUGAAGAAAAAGCUAAUCAAGUUUCCAAUUUAUCUAAAAGACCAAGCGAUGAUGAAUUAUUGAAAUUGUAUGGAUUAUAUAAACAAGCUACUGUUGGUGAUAAUAAUACUGACAAACCAGGUACUUUUGAUUUUAAGGGUAAAUAUAAAUGGCAAGCUUGGAAAGAUUUAGAAGGUAAAAGUCAAGAAGAUGCCGAAAAAGAAUAUAUUGCCUUUGCAACUGAAUUGAUUUCUAAAUACAAUUAG